AUGGCCUCUGCAGGCGCACUUGGAGAGAAGUCUCCGCUAACUGUGAAAGUGGUGUCGGCAAAGCCCAAGGUGCACAGCCGCCAGUCUCGGAUCAGCUCCUUUGUGGAGGUGGCAGCAGACGGGCUCAGCAGCGAGACCAAGAAAACGGGGAAACGGAUCGGGAGCUCGGAGGUCCUCUGGAACGAAAGCCUCAUACUGAACGUCACGGCCCAGAGCCUCCUCGAGGUGAAGCUGUGGAGCUGCCACACCCUCCGGAACGAGCUGCUGGGCACCGCCUCCGCCAGCCUCGCCAGCCUGCUGCAACAGAGCAGGGGGAAAGGGGAGAACAAGCCGCUGAGGCUGGACCUGCAGAUGGAGCACAAAGGCAGCCUUGUCUCGGGAGGGGAGGUGACCGUCUUCCUGGAUGGGCCUGCUGUCGAUGCAGGCAGCGUGCCCAAUGGCAGCCUUGUGGCAGAGGGGUGCCAGCUGAGCGACAGGGAGCCCGGGGGCACGGCUUCCUCUCCCGAGGGCAGGCACCAGGCCCCUGGCACCAGUUGCUUUGGGAGCAGGUCCAGGGGCCAGAGACACGCUGCCGGAGGGGCUGGGCAGAGCUUGGCGAAUGGCGAGCAGAGCCCCAGAGCCGGGCAUUCGCAGCUGGGCAAGAGCCAGGCUGGCACAGGGAAUGGCACAGCAAAUGGAGAGUCUGCCGGUCCAGCCCCCAGUGCUGAAGAGGAGGAGACCGGGAGCCCCCAUCCCGUCACUGCUGGGGACCCUGUGGGGGCGGAGGACCCAGCCCCCUGCUCAGGGGCCCCUGCUUCCCAGCUGGCAGCACAAGCCCUGGAGAUGCUGCCCUCGGGGUGGGAGCAGCGGGAGCUGCCCAACGGGAGAGUGUAUUACGUGGACCACAACACCAAGUCUACCACCUGGGAGCGGCCCCUUCCCCCCGGCUGGGAGAAGCGGGUGGAUCCUCGCGGCAGGUACUACUACGUGGACCACAACACUCGGAGCACCUCCUGGCAGCGCCCCACGGCUGAGUACGUGCGCAGCUACGAGCAGUGGCGCAGCCAGCGCAGCCAGCUACAGGGGGCCAUGCAGCAGUUCAGCCAGAGGUUCCUCUACCAGUCUUCAGGCACCCCGUCUGACAAUGACCCGCUCGGCCCCCUCCCUCCUGGCUGGGAAAAGAGGCAGGACAACAGACGAGUUUACUAUGUGAACCACAACACCCGCACCACACAAUGGGAGGACCCCCGCACCCAGGGGAUGAUCCAGGAACCAGCGCUGCCACCCGGCUGGGAGAUGAAAUAUACGAGCGAAGGAGUGUGUUACUUUGUGGACCACAACACUCGCACAACCACUUUCAAAGACCCCCGCCCUGGAUUCGAGUCUGGGAGUAAGCAAGGGGGCUCCCCUGGUGCCUACGACCGGAGCUUCCGCUGGAAAUACCACCAGUUUCGGUUCCUUUGUCAUUCGAACGCGUUGCCCAGCCACGUCAAGAUCAGCGUCUCGCGGCAAACGCUUUUUGAGGAUUCGUUCCAGCAGAUCAUGAACAUGAAGCCAUAUGAUCUUCGUCGCCGGCUGUACAUCAUCAUGCGUGGGGAGGAGGGCCUGGAUUACGGCGGCAUUGCCAGGGAGUGGUUCUUCCUGCUGUCCCACGAAGUGCUCAACCCCAUGUACUGCCUCUUCGAAUAUGCCGGCAAGAACAACUACUGCCUGCAGAUCAACCCCGCCUCCUCCAUCAACCCCGACCACCUCACCUACUUCCGCUUCAUUGGCCGGUUCAUCGCCAUGGCUCUGUACCAUGGCAAGUUCAUUGACACAGGCUUUACGCUCCCUUUCUACAAGCGGAUGCUGAACAAGCGGCCCACCCUGAAGGACCUGGAGUCCAUCGACCCCGAGUUCUACAAUUCCAUCAUGUGGAUCAAAGAGAACAACCUGGAGGAGUGCGGCUUGGAGCUCUACUUCAUCCAGGACAUGGAGAUACUGGGCAAGGUGACCACCCAUGAGCUGAAGGAGGGCGGGGAAAGCAUCCGGGUCACCGAGGAGAACAAGGAGGAGUACAUCAUGUUGCUGACAGACUGGCGGUUCACCCGCGGCGUGGAGGAGCAGACCAAGGCCUUCCUGGACGGCUUCAACGAGGUGGCCCCCCUGGAGUGGCUGCGCUACUUCGAUGAGAAGGAGCUGGAGCUGAUGUUGUGCGGCAUGCAGGAGAUUGACCUGAGUGACUGGCAGAAGAACACCAUCUACCGGCAUUACACCAAAAACAGCAAGCAGGUGCAGUGGUUCUGGCAGGUAGUCAAGGAGAUGGACAACGAGAAGAGGAUCCGGCUGCUGCAGUUUGUGACGGGGACGUGCCGCCUGCCCGUGGGGGGCUUUGCCGAGCUGAUUGGUAGCAAUGGGCCUCAGAAGUUUUGCAUCGAUAAAGUGGGCAAGGAGACGUGGCUGCCCCGGAGCCACACGUGCUUCAACCGCCUGGACCUGCCUCCCUACAAGAGCAUCGAGCAGCUGAAAGAGAAGCUCCUUUACGCCAUCGAGGAGACGGAGGGCUUUGGGCAGGAAUGAGGGAGGGCCCUGGGGCAG